CAAACGCGACAGCGGGCUACAGUUCGGUCUUAAAACUUUGUGGGGGGACAACUUGUGGAGUUGCGCUAUUGUUUGGAGGAACAUGCCCCCUCCAACAGAAAUAUCCUACACCCACCCAGAUGGAGGCUGGGGUUGGGUGGUGGUGUUUGGGGCCUUCAUAUCCAUUGGCUUUUCCUAUGCCAUGCCCAAAGUCCUCACCGUCUUCUUCAAAGAGAUCCAGGAAGACUUCCAGGUCAGCUACAGCGAUAUAGCAUGGGUUGCCUCCAUCAUGCUGGCCGCCAUGUACGCUGGUGGACCAGUGAGCAGUGUAUUGGCCCAACGUUUUGGAAGCCGACCAGUAGUAAUACUCGGUGGAUUGAUGUGUGGGAUCUCUAUGGUAACAGCUUCUUUUGCAAGCUCCAUCAUUCACCUUUACCUAUGCGUUGGUGUCAUUGGAGGUUGUGGGCUCUCCUUCAACCUCAAUGCAUCUGUCACCAUCAUUAGCAAAUACUUCCAGGCGAAGCGUCCCUUAGCCAAUGGGUUGGCUAUGACAGGAAGUCCAGUGUUCCUGUGCUUCCUGGCCCCCGUCAACCAGCACCUACUUUACAAUUUUGGUUGGCGUGGUAGUCUUCUCAUCCUCGGUGCUGUGCUGCUAAACUGCUGUGUGGCUGGAUCCCUGAUGAGGCCUGUUAGUCCAGCUGGGGAGCCAUCCAGGGUAACAACUCAGAAGAAGGCAACGGAGCAGGCAGAUCCCUGCAACCCCGAGCUAAAAAGAAGCUGCAGGAAUAAUUUCAUCAAGCUGCUUGACUUCACCCUCUUUAAAGACAGAGGCUUCCUGAUCUACCUCACAGGAAACAUAAUGUUCUUUUUCGGUGCCUACGCUCCAAUUGUCUUCCUGACAGCCUACGCUGUCAGCCAAGGCACAGACGAGUACUCAGCUGCUUAUCUGCUCUCUAUCAUGGGGUUUGUGGACAUGUUUGCCCGGCCUGCACAGGGCCUGGUGGCGAACACCAAGUGGAUCAGGCCCAGGAUCCAAUACUUUCUCAUUGCCAUGGUCUUCACUGGUGUGUGCCAUCUUCUGUGCCCUUUUGCAAGAGGGUAUGCAUUGCUAGCAGCAUAUGCAGCGUUUUUCGGUGUUGGUUUUGGCAUGGUUUUUGCCCUGAUAUUUGAGUGCUUGAUGGACUUGAUGGGACCCAAGCGCUUUCCCACUGCUGUCGGACUGGUCACCAUCAUAGAGUGCUGUCCCAUGCUAUUAGGACCACCCACUGCAGGGAGUUGCUCCUUAUCUAAUGUGAGGGUCUAAGGACAGGCUGUUGUGUUGCUGCAAAGCCCCGAGGCAAAUUUGUAAUUUGUGAUAUUGGGC